CAGCCUCACCCGGAAGCAGAUUCCUUGGCGCCGGAGAAGCGCGAACCAGCAAAAAUGAACCCUUUAACUAAAGUGAAGCUGAUCAACGAGCUGAAUGAGCGAGAGGUCCAGCUUGGAGUGGCGGAUAAGGUGUCCUGGCACUCCGAGUACAAGGACAGCGCCUGGAUUUUCCUGGGAGGGCUUCCUUAUGAACUGACUGAAGGAGACAUCAUCUGUGUGUUCUCACAAUAUGGUGAGGUUGUUAACAUUAACCUUGUACGGGACAAAAAGACUGGGAAAUCCAAAGGAUUCUGUUUCCUGUGCUAUGAAGACCAGAGGAGCACGAUUCUGGCUGUUGACAAUUUUAAUGGGAUCAAGAUCAAAGGAAGAACUAUUCGAGUGGACCAUGUAUCUAACUAUCGGGCUCCUAAGGACUCAGAAGAAAUGGAUGAUGUGACCAGAGUGCUCCAGGAGAAGGGCUGUGGGGCUCACACCCCCUCACAGAGUUCAUCUGAAGGCUCUGAAGAUGACAAACCCAAAAUAAAGCACAAGAAAGAUAAAAAGGAAAAAAAGAAGAAAAAGAAAGACAAAGAGAAGACAGACAGGGACACACAUGCAGAGCAGCCUUCUUCUUCAUCACCCAGGAGCAAAAUGACAAUGGAAAAGGAUGACUCUGGCUCUAAGAAGCACAGCAGCAAGAACUCAGAGAGGGCUCCAAAGUCAGAGUCCAGGGAGGGGCGGAAACACUACCCCAACUCUCCUGAGGUCAAGACUAUGGGCCGUGGUGGAGCCGAAAACCUAGAGAGGGAGCCAAAGAAGGAGAAACCCAAGCAUGAGCACAAGUCCUCAAGCCGGAGGGAGGCAAGAGAAGAAAAGAACAGGGAAAAGGACAGAGGGCGAGGCUCCGACACACAUUCUAGCCGACACAGUGGGCACUCUGAAGGGCGCAGUCACAGAAGUAGAAGUAGGAGCCGAGAUAAAUCCCAUAGACAUAAAAGAGCCCGGCACUCCAGGGAGCGAGAGUCCUCCAAUCGCAGUGACCACAGGCGUCACUGAAGCCUGUUCAUCUGCUCCAUAGAUUUCGUCUUGAACUUUGUUUUUAAAAUAUGGUCAAAUUCAAUUUUACUAUUGCUUUUUUUGUA